GACUAAAGCAGAAGUGAGAAAUCAAGUUACAGAAUUAUUCUAAGGACCCUGGACUGCCACCACUUCCAGUUGUCUGAAGAAGAGUUUGUAACUUUAAUGGAUUCAUUCCCAUGGAAAUCCUGAGUGUUAAAAUAUUCAAUGAGACUAACUGAUGUUAGUUCUUGUCACCAUGGAGAUGUUACUUCGUGUCAAGUGUUUACAGCACCUAGCAAUUCCUGGAUCUGUGAGGUGUUUGCAUAAAGAUUAUAGAAGAGUAACUCCUCAAAAUUUCUCUGACUAUGAGUCCAUGAAACAGGACUUCAAAUUAGAGAUUCCAGAAUAUUUCAACUUUGCUAAAGAUGUCCUGGACCAGUGGACCAAUAUAGAAAAGGCUGGAAAGAAGCCUUCCAAUCCAGCCUUCUGGUGGAUCAGUGGAAAUGGAGAAGAGGUGAAGUGGAGCUUUGAGGAACUGGGGUCUUUGUCCAAGAAACUCGCCAAUAUACUUACAGAAGCCUGUUCACUGCAAAGGGGAGAUCGAGUCAUUGUGAUUCUGCCCAAGAUCCCAGAGUGGUGGCUUGCAAAUGUGGCCUGUCUGCGAACAGGAACAAUUUUAAUCCCAGGAACCCCUCAACUGACCCAGAAAGACAUCCUCUACAGACUGCAAUCUUCAAAAGCAAAGUGCAUUAUUACCAAUGAUGUUUUAGCCCCACUAGUAGAUGCUGUUGCCCCUAAGUGUGAACAUCUCCACUGCAAGCUAAUGGUGUCCAAGCACUCCAGAGAUGGGUGGGGGAACAUCAAGGAGAUGAUGAAACAUGCCAGUGAUAAUCAUACCUGUGUAAGAACAAAACACAAUGAGAUGAUGGCCAUUUUCUUUACCAGCGGAACAACUGGACUUCCUAAAAUGAUUGGACAUACCCAUAGCAGUUUUGGUUUAGGAUUAUCUGUAAAUGGAAGGUUCUGGCUGGAUUUGACACCCUCAGAUGUGAUGUGGAAUACCUCAGAUACAGGCUGGGCAAAGUCUGCAUGGAGUAGUGUUUUUUCUCCAUGGAUCCAAGGAGCAUGUGUAUUUGCACACCAUUUGCCCCGUUUUGAGUCAACUUCUAUCUUACAAACACUCUCUGAGUUUCCCAUCACAGUCUUCUGUUCAGCACCAACUGCAUACCGAAUGCUUGUACAGAAUGAUAUGACAAGCUACAAAUUCAAAAGCUUACAGCAUUGUGUGAGUGCAGGAGAGCCAAUCAAUCCUGAAGUGACAGAACAAUGGAAAAGCCGGACAGGCCUGGACAUCUAUAAUGGAUAUGGACAAACAGAAACGGUGCUAAUCUGUGGAAAUUUUAAGGGAAUGAAAAUUAAGCCUGGCUCAAUGGGAAAGGCUUCUCCUGCUUUUGAUGUUAAGAUUAUAGAUGAAAAUGGCAAUGCUCUACCUCCUGGAAAAGAAGGCGAUAUUGGGCUUCAAGUUCUACCUAACCGACCACUUGGUCUUUUUACUCAUUAUGUAGAUAAUCCUUCAAAGACAGCUUCAACUAUACGAGGCAAUUUCUAUAUAACUGGAGACAGAGGGUAUAUGGAUGAAGAUGGAUAUUUCUGGUUUGUUGCAAGAUCAGAUGAUAUCAUAUUAUCCUCAGGUUACCGAAUUGGGCCAUAUGAAGUAGAAAGUGUCUUGAUGGAGCAUCCUUCCGUUGCCGAGUCAGCUGUUGUCAGUAGCCCAGACCCUGUCAGAGGAGAGGUAGUAAAGGCUUUUGUUGUUCUGAAUCCUGAUUACAAGUCACAAGACCAAGAACAGCUAAAAGUAGAGAUCCAGGAGCAUGUAAAAAAGACCACAGCACCUUACAAAUAUCCCAGAAAGAUAGAAUUUAUUGAAGAGCUGCCAAAGACUAUCAGUGGGAAGAUAAAAAGAAGUGAACUGAGGAACAAAGAAUGGAAUACAACGUGAAUUCAUCAUAAUCAAAGAUUCUAUAACAUCUGUAGAAACCACAAGAUUAUGAAGAGGUCAUAGAAAUGUUGUCUGUGUAUUUCUAAACUGUGUAUUCUAAAAUUAUUUUGAUACCAGAGGCUGCAUUUGUAAAUCAGCACCCACUAAAUCCUUUUGCAUUAGUGUCAAUGUUCCUGUAGUUUGGUGACAAAAAAAAGAUCACAGAGGAAUUGUGUGUGUGUGUGUGUGGUGUAUUAGGGCUUAAAUUAAAAGCUUUAUGCUUACUGGACAGGCACUCUCUCACUUGAGCCAUACUCUAUCCCUUUUUGCUCUGACAAUUUAAGACAGGGUCUCCAUUUUUGCCUGGACUGAUCUGGACCACAAUAUUCCUAUUUGUCCUUCCCACUCUCAUUGGGAUGGCUGGCACAUCCACUAUAUCUAGCUUUUCUGUUGGGAUGGGGUGUAAACAGUUGUGUUUGGGCUGACUUGGAACCAUUCUCCUGAUUGCAGAACCCCAUCAGGCACGCCCCCCACCCCUCCACACACACAUAUACACCUGUGCCAAGCUAUUGGUUAAGAUUGAGAUCUUGAACUUUUUGUCCAGGCUGACCUCAAUCUACAAGCUUCCCUAUUUCCACCUUCCAAUGAGCCAUCAGCAGCCAGCCUAGAAUUGUAAAAUCUAGAACACAGAAACCGUUUCCAAAUCAAAUCUCUGAUCCAUUUGUUUUUUAGACCUUAAUUGUUCAAGUAUGUUGAUAAACAGAUUAAUCUUUAAGCCUUGAAAUAAAACUUAAUACAAGUUUCUAGAAAAAUAAACAAUUUCAUAAGCUUAUAAUUCUCA